AAAUACUAUAUCAUGUGCUACUGUGAAUCUUUUCCCGUUAUUGUGUUCAGUGGUAUCACAGUUGUAUCUUAAAAUUAGCCAAGGUGGGAAUAUUUACACCACAGAAUUUGGCAAAUGUUAUAAAUUCAGGCUUGAUAAUUGUUUAUUGAUUGCCUAGACUUUAAGUGAUGGAGAAAAUGACAAUAAUACAAACUUAAAUGGGUCCAUGCCUUUAGUUAUUACAUUGUGCAUAGCUCAGAAAUUGAUGAUAUAUUCUUCGAUUCAAAAAUGAUUAUCACUUCACAUUGUUAAUAUUACUGGCAUAACAAAAAUAUCAACCAGUACUCCAAACUAGACUUGGAAAACCAGUUGCUAAACAUUUACAUUUAUGCUGCUGGUCAUGGCAUACUUGAAUUUAGUGUUUUGGUAGGAAAUAGAUAAUAGUAUAAAUUUAUUAUUUUGUUAUUCAGCUCUAGGAAAUUGUAUCAUGACAAUAUGUGGGCAUUAACUUAAAAAAAGGAAGAUUGGGAUUUACAAGUUAUUAGCUGUAGCACAUAAUAAUGUUAAAUUUGAAGCCUUUGAUAUAUGUCCGUUGCAGAUGAGAAAUAGAAUUGCAGAAUUUAGUUUUAAGAAUGCUUAAAAUUAAUUCAGAACAAUCUAUCUUACAGACAGAAAUUCGUUCACAAUGUAUUUAAAUGAUUCUAGAUACAGAGUUUGUUACCUAAAAAUAAUGUUGGAGAACUCUAGAAGCAGAGUUCUUUUUAUAUUGAGCUAAACUUUUUUCUUUUCUUUCUUUUUUUUUUUUAAAUUUCUACUAGUUGGUUCUGGUACUGCCUUCUAGAGAAAUACAGAAGCGUAGAAACCUAGAAGAGAAUAUUUGUUCUGUCUAUCAGAUAUAAAGAUUGAGGUGGUGCCAUGCAGCAAGAAGCAGCGAGAUGCAGAGUUCGAACCAGAAGGCCUGACAUGGCACUUUAUGUUCCUAAAGCUCGAAGGGGUGUAGUACUACUCAAGACAAGGGAUGAGGAAAAAAACUGUGGUCUACCUAACUCUUUGGUGAAAGAAGAACAAAAAGAAGAUUGUCUCUCUCAAAAGGAGAUCUUCAGAGAUAAACCUAAGGCUCAAAGACUAAGUAUUUAUCCCAAUAAAAAGGAGCACAGUCAUAGAGAAGGAAAGAAAUCUUCAACAAAAUUAAGAAAAGACACAUGCCUUCAAGACAACAGUAAAGAUAGGGUUUGUACUAAGAGGGGAGCCACAGAAUCCAAAGAAAUAUUACCCCAAGAACAUCAGCAAGGAGUGCUAAAUUCUGGGACUGUACCUAGUGAACUUUCACAAAGACAUUUUAAGCCAAAGAAGGAAGAGUGUUUGGAGGUUGAAACCACAGGUGUGACAAGACAUGAGAGGUUGCUUCUAUCUCAGUCUUGUUCAGAAAUUGGUGAGUCUUCGAUUCUAAACGGGCCAUUCCAAAAUGCGGAAUUCUGUGAUUUCAGUAGGCCUGAACUAAAUGGGGAAACAUUUGAAAACAGAGGUUUAGAAAGCAGGAUUGAAACUGAUGCCAAGGUUGUGGAGAUACAGUCUCAAUUCCCUGGAGUACAUAAUUCUGUUUUGAGACCUGAGAGUAUGAUCGGACCAGCAAAACUAAGCUCUGAUCCUGGAAUUGUGCAACAAGGCAUGCAAACAUCAGGUGGAAUGUUGAAGCUCAGCAGUGGAGGCAUCACCACUCUUCCUGUUCCUGGAAGUCCAGAGGGUGUCACUAAUCAAACUUGUGUAGACUUUGAAGCUGAGAAUGUUGGUGAUACAGCCAACAGUACAGAUUUCACCUUGGAUCAGAAAGGUAUAGAUUCCAUUCCUGAGACAGUGGGUCACAUCUGUCAUAAAAUGACUUUAGUCAACAAGUUAGAGAGCACAAAUGGCAUUUUUGAUCCACCAAUGAUUAGAGACUGUGAGGAGAAUGGCAGCACUGCUAAUGAAUUAUGUGUAAAGUAUGAACCCUCUGAAUCAGCUGCCCUUGCUCAUGAAACAGACACAGGUAAUGGGUUUAAGAGUGUAGGCGACAUUACAAGUAAGACAUGUAUGAUGGACAUUACAGAUACCAUAUCUGACCAAAUAACUAUAGACAAUCCUUGUGUUGUUGCAGUUAGAAUAGCUGAUGAGGCCUGUAGCAACACAAGUAGUUUCUCAAAAUAUUUAGAAAUGAGUAAAGGUAUAACCCCUCUUCGUGUAGCUAGAAGUGGGAAUGACACUGAAAAUUUCAGCAACCUGACUGCUUGCUCAGAUAUUUAUGCUGAGAGUAUUUCAUCUAGUUUCACCGAGUCAACAGGAAAGUUGAUAGAGAACUCGUCAGAUUUUGCUUCGGCCUUGCCCAUGAAGAAGAUUGUUGGUAGUAAUUGUAACACCUUUUUGGACUCUGAACUCAGUGUGUUAAAUGGGACAAAAGUACUUUCAGGUAGUGCCUUGGGCAAUGAUCUAGAUUGUACUGGUGAUAUAACAGAGGCAUUGCAUGAACUGAAAACUGCUGAAGAGUUCAAAUCAAAAGAGGGAGAUGACUCAGAGAAUAUAGAACUUGGUGUAUCCUUUCCUGAUAUAGAAUCAGUUUCUAUAGAGACAUCCAUGAACCCAAAAGCUACUGAAACUUCUCACGUGGAGGGAAGUGCUGCUACUGAGGAGAGCUGGGAGUCCAUGUUUAAUGAUGAUGGUGACUGCCUGGAUCCACGCCUUCUACAAGAGUUAUCAGGGAAUAUGAAGAAUAGAGAAAGUAUCCAGGAGCCUAGAUUUGAUUAUUACAACAAUGAAGUUCCUGAUAUUGAUCUCAGUGAUUGUGAAUUCCCACAUGUCAUUGAAAUUUAUGACUUCCCCCAAGAAUUUCGUACUGAAGACCUCCUACGGGUUUUCUGCAGUUAUCAGAAGAAAGGAUUUGAUAUUAAAUGGGUGGAUGAUACACAUGCCCUCGGAGUAUUUUCCAGUCCGAUUACAGAGUUCCUGCAGCCAGCAAAGGAGCGUCCUGAGACUUCUGCUGCCUUAGCCAGAAGGCUAGUCAUCAGUGCCCUUGGGGUUCGAAGUAAGCAGAGCAAAACUGAACGGGAAGCCGAGCUCAAGAAACUGCAAGAAGCCCGAGAGAGAAAACGGUUGGAAGCCAAGCAACGAGAAGACAUCUGGGAAGGCAGAGACCACUCUGCAGUUUGAACGUCAGUCAGUGAAAGGGAUAAUUCCAUGAAUUCAGAAAAUAUUUCCAUAGUCUUCAAGAUAAGAAGAUCCUUCCAGAAUUCUGUGUACAUGCAGAUGUGCUUGUUAACGAAAGAGAUGAAGUGAUCCAGACAAGGACUGACUGGUGUAGAGAGAAGACAGAAUCCCAUCUGUCUUCAUCCCUGAAUGCAGUUCUUGGGCAUCACCUUACUGUGUUGGGCAGAGAAGGGAGCCGUCAGCUGGGAAGAAACUUGGGAAAUGUUAUUUCCAGGAGUUCUCUGGACAGGGCGAGUCAUGUUAGCAUGAGUCACACUUCCGAGCUGUUUUAAGCAAAUAUGAGACAGAGGAUUCAAACCUGUGAUGAUGGGAGAUUUAGGCCCUGCAAGACCAGGGUGUUCUUUAGUACCUCACAAAGCUGAGAAAAACCAUAUUGAGGAGGGGGUGGUGAGAGCAGCUAGUCCAAAGAGGCAGUAUCUGGUAUAUUUGGGACUCACAGAAUCUACACUGCCAGUUCCAGAGCUCCAAACCUGGUGACCUACAGCAGAUGUGGGUAUUUGGACUACAGAGUUUGUACUGAGCUAGCUGAGUGUCCGGGGCUGCACAGCAGCCAGGGACAUGCCAGCUUCAUUCUUCAUAGGAAGCCAGUCUUGGGAGCCAUGUGUCAGUUCCAGUUUAAGCAGUGCUAUCAUGUUGUAAGAGGAGACAUUAAAGUCCAUUUUGACCUAGA